AUGGGUGAGCGGGGAACACCUGGGAACCCUGGGGACGACGGGAUAGGGUCGCCCGGCAAGCAGACCGCGACGCUACUGCCGGGUACCAGCUUCGAUCUCGAGACUGGCACAUUCACGUGUAGUGUGUCGGGCACCUACGUGUUCAUGUUUUCUAUGAGCAAAUAUCCUUCCAGCAGCUCACUGUACGUCCUGCUCCGGAAGAACGACGACCCGGUUAUCACUGGCUUAAGCAGAGCAAGUCACUGGCAGCCGAUGUCUGGGAGCGCGGUGCUGGUUCUGCAGCAAGGAGACACGGUGUAUCUUACCAUGAGUGACAGCAUAGGUCCGUCGCGCCGAUCUCCUGUGCCCGCGUCCUACAGCCUCAUUCCACAUGCAGUCAGGCUGGCUAGGCCGUCCGAGUUGCUCCAACCAAGAUGA